AUGCUGCACAGGCUAGUGGGCAAGAGUCACGUUGGGACGCAGCCGAGGGGAGCGCAGAAAAGGAAACCAGUUCCGGAAGGGGACGCCGCUCGCCUCCAACUCCAGCCGCUCCAGGAGCGGAGCAAUCUGGUGCUGGAAGAAGGAGGGGCCUACAAUCUUGCAAUGCAAACGUAUAAUCAGAAUAGCAAAUAUGGGGAACUUACCCGUAAUCUCCGAGAAAACCAGCUUGGAGGGGUGAUCUUUGGUUGCAAGUAUGAUACAAUUGACGAAUGCUUCAAAAAACAGCUAUUCGGUCUGCCUUCAGUCCAUUAUUCAUAUGUGCAGAAUGUCAAACCUGGCAUGCCUUUGUUCCUAUUCAAUUAUAGUGAUAGAAAGCUCCAUGGAAUUUUCGAGGCUGCAAGUCCUGGUCAGAUGUAUAUUGACCCAUAUGCUUGGAGUAAUGAUGGCUCUUUAAGGACAACUUUUCCAGCGCAGGUCCGUAUCUGCACAAAGACUCAGUAUCCGCCCCUGCUGGAGAGCCAAUUCAAGACAUUGCUUGGUGACAACUAUUAUAACCAUCACCACUUCUAUUUUGAGCUUGACCAUGCACAGACAAGAGCUUUAAUUUCUUUGUUCAAAUCACUUGCUCCUGCUAAUUUCAAUCAAGUUCCGGCUGUUUCAAGCAAAAGGAAUCUUGCAGUAUCAUCAUCACCAACUAAAAUGAGGCUAACAGCUGUUCCUGACCCAAAGAAAGUCACAGCAGAUUCUAAGGAAACCAAUCCAUUUAGUGUUUUAUCAGAUAGAGCUUCUCCAUUUAUCUGGGCAGAUGAUGUGGACAGUGCUAGUAACACAGAUGAGAAGAAAUCUGAGGAGCUAGUUUCUGAUUGUGACGAUUUGGAUGACAAUCUUCUUCAAGACCAAUUUGUUCCUCAUUCAAAUCCAGAUGAGGUCAGUCAGAAUUCCUCAGACAAAACUGUUGACCAAGUAGUGGAGCUUGUUGAAUGCAGUCAUCCAGUUGUCAAUCCUGUGAACGGAGAAAGAGUCACCAUUGAUGAAUCAAUGCUUUUGAGCUCACUCAAUGAUCAUAUUGGUGCUGCGGAUGUUGAUGAAAUAGAGAGUGAGGUUCACAAUAGCCCAGGUGGUGUUGGGCUACAGCCUGAAAGACUGACUAUCCUGGAAAAGUUGAAAGAACUAUCUUCUCUACGACAGCAGGCAGCAAUAUCUUCCCAGGGUUGUGCUGAUUCUAGUUCAGAUCAAUGCGUACCUGAUGAAACACAGAUCAAUGCAAACCUUUCCGGUGACCCCUUUGAUGUUACAAUGGAGGAUAAAACCUCGUCUGAUGAGUGCCAUGGAAAUGCUGAGCUGCUGCAAAUCAUCGCUGAUUUAACCAAGAGGACUGAAGCAUUGGAGAAGAAGCUGGUUGGGUCAGACCAAGAAGUACUUUCAUUGAGGGAAGUGGUUAAAGACUCAGGAAGAAAAGUUCAGCAACUGGAAUACCUUGUAGAUGAGUUACAAUUCAAAUUUGACUCUUCGCUAUCUCAUCUUGGAAGCAUGUGCAAUACUCUAGCCAAGCCAUCAAUAUUCCUGAUUGGUGGUUAUAAUGGUGUGACCUGGUUAUCAUCUCUUGAUUCUUUUUCUCCUGAGAAAGACAUGCUGGUGGGUCUCACACCAAUGAGUUCUCCACGCUCAUAUGCAUCUGCUGCUGCAUUGGAUGGUCACAUAUUUGCUUUUGGUGGUGGAGAUGGCAUGUCAUGGUAUAACACAGUGGAAUGCUAUAGUUCAAGGAAUAAUGAGUGGACGGAAUGCCCUUCCUUGAACCGGAAGAAAGGAAGUCUUGCCGGAAUAUGUCUUAAUGAGAAAAUAUAUGCUAUUGGUGGAGGAGAUGGAAAUGAAACUUAUUCAGAAGUUGAGAUGUUUGAUCCGUAUCUUGGGAAAUGGAUAUGUAGUCCAUCUAUGCUGCUCUCUAGAUUUGCUCUGGCUGCGACUGAACUGAAUGGAGUCAUCUAUACAGCUGGUGGCUAUGAUGGAAGCAUGUACUUGGAAUCAGCGGAAAGGUAUGAUCCAAGGGAGGGCUUCUGGGUUCGGCUUCCGAGUAUGAGUACUAGGAGAGGAUGCCACGCCUUAACUGUCCUGGGAGACGUCCUAUAUGCUAUGGGAGGGUAUGAUGGGGACAAGAUGGUUUCUAGCAUUGAGAUCUAUGACCCUCGUCUCAACGCCUGGAGGAUGGGUGAUCCCAUGAACACUCCAAGAGGAUAUGCCGCGGCCGUUAAUCUUAAUGAUAGCUUGUUCCUAAUUGGUGGCAUGCAGUCCAAUGUGCAGAUCCUGGAUACUGUGGAAGUUUACAAUGCAAGCUCUGGCUGGUCAGUCCUUGGUUUUGGUUCAAUUGGGAAGAGGUCCUUCGCAUCUGCCGUUGUCAUAUAAUUGCUAGUCAGGAGUUUAGGGUUCAUAUCAUCAAAUUUUGUAACAUCGCCUCCAUUAUAAGGAAUGGUUGGCAUAACUUGGAGUAAACUACCCUUCUGAAGCGCUCUGGUUAUGAACAGCGAGAAUCAGCAUGGUAUGAGUAUGGCAGACCAAGCGGUCCAAAGUUUAACCUUUAACCCUCGUUUACAGACUAGAAACCAUACAUUCACCGCUGCAUGUGGAUGAACCUUUUUGUCGGAUACCAAACCGAUGGAGCACAAUGCAAAAGAAUCUUUUAUGCCAUUAUUGCUUCAUCUUU